AAAAAACACAAUAUAAACUAAAAACUCUAAACAAAAUCUAAAAAUAACGGUGAGAGCAGCAUAUCUGCGCCACACAAAAAACCACAUCCCCGCUAUACCCAGACGAGAAAAGGAAGUUAAAGCAGGAUCGGUGCCUCCACCCUAGUGCCGAAAUACGCAAGCAGCAGGGUCCCGCAGGCAGCAUCGCUCACACCAGUCACAGGAAAUCAGCGGAGGAGGGUACAGGCGACAAAAAAAAAACACACAGGUGGUACAAAAUCAGGAAUGCCAAAAUCAUCCAAGGAAACGAUUGAGCUCAACAAGCGUCGUCUCUGCUGCCGCGUCCACUCCUCGCGGUACUGUCAUGCCUUCAAGGCUAUGACUCCGGCUGAAAGAUAUGAGUCUGCGCGCGUACAUAAGUACUGCGUAAACUGUUUGGCGACAUCCCAUGUUACGGGCGCCUGUCACUCACCUGCCAGCUGCCAUCGCUGCGGAAAAGCCCACCACACGCUGUUGCAUCGAGCAUCAUUCUCAUCGCCAGGUCGUAGUCGGCGAGAAGUGAAUCGGAAGAAAACCGUGGCUAGUCGACGGGCGAUUCGAAAGCCGAAGGGCAGAGUGCAGAGUCGGACUUCUACCCAGCAACGCAUACGGGAGUUGUUCAAGCGGGCUAUGCUUACGCUCCAAAGUCUACAACAGCUGCUACGUAUUCCAGCGUACCAGGCCGGCCGCCAUGUCGGAGACGUGAGCGCAGAUCUCACCGAUCGUUAAAUACUUUUGUUCUUCAUGCAAUGGUUCUUAAACCAUGUAUAUGAAAACUUUGGAAUGUAAACCCAUUGUAACUUUAGAAAUUUGAACUUACUCAUUGUAACUUAAUCUAUUGUAACCUAAUGGUUUUUGCUUAUUAUAUACUGCGGUACGGGGUGGCCUAAGGCGGGUGUGCAAGAGUAUUUUUCAUUCGCUUGUGUAUUCAUUCACAUCUUGUGUAUUCUGUUAAUUAACUUUGCACACCACUACUUCAGGCUAGCUCUGAACAAGGCGAUUAUUGCUUAACGGUUGACGGGUGAGUCAAAGAAAUAUUUUUCUUCAUUCGUUCCUCGUACCCAAAGUUGUAACCAUGUACAUAUCCUUUAUUUUAUGUCGUCUGCUUUCCUGAAGUAUGUACUACAUUAAUGUUAUUUGCUCCAAUUACUGUGCCUACUGAGAAACUCUGUGGGACAAGAGAGGCUACGUAGGUUGGAUAUUCUGCCUAUUGAAAAUUCUGUGGCUCUAUCUUUAAACUUUGAUGAUGUUAUAGAUUCUUUUGCGGAACAGAAAGCUCGGAGAAAAGAAUUUUAUUAAUAAAUUUUAAGAUUUUGUCCAAAAUUUCAUAAAAUUCCCCGCCUAUAUAUAUCUCCUUAUUUACAAACAAAGAAAGUUAUGUCUUUUGAUACA